AUCCGCAGAUCUCCUCUCAGCUCUAUAUACAGAACAGAUCUACACAGCGAAUACCGUCCAUAGCAGGACUCGUAGUGAGGCUCGGACAAGUCCAGACGUAUCCCAGUGUUGUACUGAGCUCAGUCUACGACAUUUCUACAGUGUAUUCUAUCGGUCCGACCUCUCCUCCUUAUACUCUGCCUAUUCCGUCCAUAUCCAGCAUCGACCAUAGUCUGAAUGAGAAGAUGGACCAAGGGGGAAUCAUCACACCCGAAUCCCGGCCGAGCCCUUGGGGUUUACCUGCAAAGCCUGUGAAUCAGUGCUCGUUGGCAGAAGUCAUGAGCGAAGAGCUGGCUAGAGAGCUGCAGCUGGAGGAAGAGAGACAUGUGUCCCCAGAAGAAGUACUUGCUGAUGAAGAUGCUUUCCUAACCAGUGAGAACAUUGCUACAUCAAGUGAUGAGAAGUUGGCUCAGAUGCUUCAGAUGCAGUUUGAUAAAGAGUAUGAUGCUCAGCUCACAAGAGAGGAGAAGAAAUUUAAUGGCGACAGUAAAGUCUCCAUAUCCUUUGAAAACUAUCGCAAGGUGCAUGCGUGUGAAGAUAGUGACAGUUCAGAGGAUGAAGUUGAUUGGCAGGAUACACGCCAUGACCCAUAUAAAGCUGAUAAACCAACCACCACCCCUAAAAAAGGAUUCAUUGGUAAAGGUAAAGACAUUACAACCAAACACGAUGAGGUAGUGUGCGGCAGGAAGAAUACAGCUCGGAUGGAGAACUUUGUUCCAGAGUUUCAAGUUGGAGAUGGAAUCGGAAUGGAUUUGAAGUUGUCCAAUCAGGUUUUCAAUGCGUUAAAGCAACACUCAAUCUCUGAACAGCGCAAGAGUGCCAGAGUGCAUGACAAAAAGGAAGUGUCAACAACCGAAAAAGCGGUUGACCCCAAGACUAGACUGCUUUUGUAUAAAAUGGUGAAUGCUGGGAUACUGGACACCAUUAAUGGAUGUGUGAGCACUGGGAAAGAAUCAGUUGUGUUUCAUGCUAAUGGAGGAAGCAUUGAAGGCCAGGAAAUACCUGCUGAAUGUGCCCUUAAGGUAUUCAAGACAACGCUAAAUGAGUUUAAGAACAGAGACAAGUAUAUUAAGGAUGAUUACAGGUUCAAGGAUCGUUUCAGCAAGUUGAAUCCACGCAAGAUCAUCCGAAUGUGGGCAGAGAAGGAAAAGCAUAACCUGAAGAGAAUGGAGAAGGCUGGCAUUCCUUGCCCAGAGGUUGUUAUGUUAAAGAAGCAUGUCCUGGUCAUGUCUUUUAUUGGGAAGGAUCAGGUACCUGCUCCAACCCUUAAAGAAGCUAAGCUUGGUGUGAAAGAAUCCAACGUUGCUUAUUUCCAGGUCCUUGCUAUGAUGAAGCAGCUUUAUGACCAGUGUAAUCUUGUUCAUGCUGAUCUGAGUGAAUAUAACAUGCUGUGGCAUGAUGGGAAGGUCUGGCUUAUUGAUGUCAGUCAGUCAGUUGAGCCUACACAUCCACAUGGACUGGAAUUUCUGUACAGGGACUGCAGGAAUGUGUCACAGUUCUUCCAGAAAUGCGGUGUUGCAGAGACUCCCAAUGAACGUGACCUCUUCAAUAUAGUCUCUGGGCUGAAUAUUACUUCUGAUAAUCAAGUGGAUUUCCUGGCAGAGAUUGAAGCCCUGGAGAAAAUCAAUGAAGAUCAUGUUCAAAAUCGUGCAAAGAAGGUUUCUACCUUCCAGAAGGAUGACGAUGGACCCCCCGGACUAUAUGAUGAAUAACCCCGAUGUGACGCCCGUACAGAGUUACUGUACAAAAACAUGGCAAAAAAUGGUUGCCGUCUCCUGGCGGCAUUAACGCAGUGCUUCAUUUCCCUGCCUAAUGCAGGUUGGAAGUGCUGAUGCAGAUCGCCACUCACCCUAGAGAACACAGUUUCCGACCCAGAGUACCAUGUCUGCGCACAACCCUCCAACAUGGCUUGGAAGGGCACCAGAAGUGCAGACUUUGCUCUGAGAGUUUUUAUGAAAAAGAUGGUUCAAUUGCUUUGCUUCUCAUUGAGCCAUGUGACAGCAGAUGGGUUGAAUCCAGAAAAGUGUGUUUAGGGUGACUGGUUAAAAGAAAAAAAUAAAUAGAUAUUGUGAACGUGAAAUAACUUUACUAAGGCGUUGAGAGUGAAGGGGAAACAUUUUUGCUCCAAAUUUGAGCAAAAAUGCAUUUUAGUAACUUCUGGAAUGAUACGAAGCUGUCCAAAGGGUGCUGACAACAUUGAUAAAU